AUGGGACAAGAAAAGAUUUCCGGGCUACCAGACGUUAUACAUAGAGAAGCAGACGAUAAUGCCGAGAAGGUCGGUCACACCGCAAUCUCGAGUCCGCCUGUCGCAUCUACUUCGGCCGAGGACUGGUUCGCAUGGCUACAAGUUCUGGGAGCAUUCUCCCUGAAUCUGAACACAUGCUCAGCAGACAUAUCAUGGAUCGGCUCAACCCAAUCCUUCCUGAUGUUCCUUGUUUCUGUAAUCGCAGGCCCGAUUGUUGAUACAGGCCAUCUCAAAUCGCUAUUGGCGCUGGGAUCGUUGCUCACGGUCCUCGGAAUGUUCAUGACUAGCCUAUGUAACGCAUACUGGCAGGKCUUUCUCGCUCAGGCGGUGAUCAUGGGGCUGGGCUUUGGUUGUCUCUAUGUGCCGGCUCCGACAAUUGUGUCGCAGUAUUUUCACGCCAGGACUGCGCUGGCGAUGGGGGCGUCUUCAGCUGGGAGCGCUCUUGGUGGUAUUGUAUACCCCGUCAUCUUCACACAUCUCCAGCCCAGUAUCGGCUUUGGCUGGGCCACUCGAGUAAUUGCAUUCAUCAUCUUAACAACCCUUAUACCUCCCCUCGUCCUAAUGAAAGCCCGUUCUCCUCCAAUGAGCAACUACAGGCUCCUCGACACGAACGCAUUCAAAGACACGCCAUACAUUCUACUCAAUCUUGGGCUUGUAUUCGGCUUCAUGGGUUUCUACAUCAUCUUCUACUACAUUCAAUUAUACGCGCUUCAGGAGACCAACAUCUCAGGCUUUGUCGCAAGCUAUCUUCUCGUCAUCAUCAAUGCAGGCUCUUUACCAGGACGCCUGAUCCCCGGCUACUACGCAGAUAGAGUUGGUUCUAUUAACGUACAAACAACCGUCGCGCUGGUUGGUGCCAUACUUACAUUCUGCUUGAUGGCAAACAAAAGUUCGGCUGGGCUCAUUGUGUAUAGCGUUCUGUACGGAUUUUCGGCUGGGGCAUUUAUGGGCCUUCCGGCUGCUGGGGUGGUGAAUCUAACUGCUGAUAAGAGCAGGAUUGGCACGCGCCUAGGGAUGACGCUGGCUUGUGUUGGAUGCGGUGUGCUCGUUAGCAGUCCGAUUGCAGGCGCUAUUCUAAAUGGGAAGGGAGGCUGGGUUGGGUUGGUCGUCUGGUGCGGGGUGUUGCUCACGGCGUCAUGCAUUGCUAUGUCAGCGAGCAGAAUCUGCAAGGUGGGAUGGAGAGUGAGAAGAAUUAUUUAG